CGAAAAAACAAUUUGACAAUUGACAUUAAAGAACCAAAUUCUCUUUUCUUUUCUUUAAUAUUAAUCAUUGGAGAUAUGGUAAAAUGGCUUAUUGGUUUAUUCCAUCGUAAUUUUUUGGUCAUAAAGAUCGUUUCAUCAAGGCAAAAGGUAAAAUCAUCAUCGGCUCUUCUAAACUUUUUUUCUGUAAUCUCAAAAUCACAAAAUCCUAUCUAUCUUUCAAUUUGGUUCUUUCAUCUUUGCAAGAUUUCAGAAGACGACCAAACACUAACAGGUGUUUUCUUUGGCGAUCUUGAAAUUAGAAUAUAUAAAAAAAGAUGAAUAUGGGUGAGGAAGAAGUAGAAGUUUGGGGUGGAGCAUCGAGAGGAUGUAGCCACACUCACAGCUGUAACCCUCCAGGACCAGAAGAUGCUUCUCACUCCCACACAUGCUUUCACACUCAUACUCAUCUCAUCAUCCCUGAUCAGCAAGAGAAUGAUCAUUCUGACAGCAACAACAAGAAACGGUCGUGUGGGAACAGAGAGGCAGUGAGGAAGUACAGAGAGAAGAAAAAGGCUCGCACCGCCUACCUUGAAGACGAAGUUAAGAGAUUGGAAACUCUGAAUGAACAUUUGGUUAGAAAGCUUCAGAGCCAAGCAAUUGUGGAAACGGAACUCAUCAGACUGCGGACUCUUUUGGUAGAGAUACAGGAGAAGAUUGAUGGUGAACUUGGUGGUUUCUCCAAUCAGAAGCAAAAUAAGCAAUGCACCGGUUCUGGUUUUGUGUUCAAAGAAGGUGACAUCUCCUAUGGUUCUGGUUUUGUGUUCAAAGAAGAUGGAUGCAGUGUGGCAACAAGUAAUAUAUUAUGUGAAGCGGCAAGAGUGGAGUGCGAGGAUGGCCAAACACUUCAUGAUGCUGCCAUUCACUCCUUUGUUCCUCAUUCACCACCAUUCUCACAUUAAGCUUUUACGGGUUGUGGUAUUGCGUAUAUAUAUAUAUACAUUAUGGAAUUUAAAUUAGGGAUGUAAAGGUUGGAGUCCCAUAUAGUUAAUAUAUAUGCACAGAUUGUAACUUACUCCACACAUGUCUACUUUAAGGGUACCAAAACAUAUUGAUGUACAUUUUGAUUUGGAAUGAAGAGGAGGGGGAUUGUGAAGUUUGUAUGUA